AUGUUGGAGAGGAAACAGUUCUGCCAGUGGCCCUGUAAGUGCAGGGUUAAGCCCCAGUGUGCCCCUGGGGUCAGCUCUGUGCUGGAUGGCUGUGGCUUCUGUAAGAGCUGUGCCCAGCAGAUCAGAGAGGCCUGCAAUGAGAGGGACAUCUGCGACCCUCACAAGGGCAUGUACUGCGAUUUCUCUAAAGACCAGCUGCGAUAUGAGGCCGGAAUCUGCGCUUGCUUGAUGGCAGUGGGCUGUGACUUGAACGGGGUCCACUAUGAGAAUGGCGAGGCCUUUCAGCCCAGAUCACUGUAUAAGUGCACAUGCACUAUCGUCUGCACCCUGGCCUUCAUACCCUGGCCUGCUGUUCUCCUGGGUCCCGCCCCUCUGAGGAGCAACACACCCCUGCCAGCCGUCCUCCAGAGUGCCCCCGGUGCUUAUAGGAAGCACCAGCAGGAUACGACCUACAUGGCUGCCAUGCCAGCUUACAGGGAUCCUCCUUUAGUCUGGAAGAAGAACUGCCUGAUCCAGACCACUCCAUGGAGUCCCUGCUCCAAGACCUGCGGCCUGGGUAUCUCAGUCCGGGUCAACAACGGCAACGGCAAGUGUGAGAUGAGGAAGGACCGCUGCCUCAGCCUGCUGCGGCCGUGUGAGAAGAGCAUCAUGAAGAACGAUAUGCAGAGAGGAAAGAUGUGUAAGUCCAAGUUCCAGGCCAAGAAAGCUGAGAAGCUGACCUUGUCUGGGUGUAGCAUCACCAAGAGUGUCGAACCCACUUACUGCGGCAUCUGCACCGACAAAUGCUGCUGCGUCCCCAACAAAUCCAAAAUGGUGGCCGUCAACUUCAAGUGCAACGGCGGCUCCAACGUGCGCUGGAAGAUGCAGUGGAUAACGUCCUGCGUGUGCCAGAGUAUGUGCGACGACCCUGGGGACAUGUUCGCAGAGCUACGCUUCUUCUAGCACAUUCUCAAGCAUCUAUAUCAACCUUUGAGCCUCAUCGAUAUUGAUGCCUACAGACUCCAACACAGGCCUUACUGCCUCUGACCGAGUCAUCCAUAUCCCUGCCUACAGAUUCCAACACAAGCCUGGCCUUACUGCCUCUGACCGAGUCAUGGUGGUUAAGCGGACAGGACUUAACCUUCAGUCUGGACAUCAACUGCUCCUGAACAGUGCCUGUGUUCUCUGGCUAGAUGCACGUGGGCUGAUAUGAAAGUUGAAACACGUGGAACCUCAACUCAUGAAGUGUGACUGGGUAGAGACAACUAGGGUUUGGCUGAUUACUUAACAAUUAACAUGAAGGGAAACGUAAUGUAAGUAAUGACAAUUUGGAGUUGAACCUCAAGUGCUAUGGUUUUUACAGUACCUCAUUAACAGUAGGGCUGUCCCUGAGGCCAAUAGUGGUAACAGGGAUAGAUAGAGCAAACAUGUUCUGGGUCAGUUAUCUUCUUAAACCUUUUUUAUG